CCCAAACUAAUGCCGACUUGACAGAAAUAUGUACAGAGAAUUAUUAUUUACAAAUUGCGAUUGUAUUUUCAUGUAAGUUUGUGUACUUUUUUUCUCUCUUUUUCUUUGCAUUCAAAGUGCUGUGAUGAAUGGAAUGAAUCAAAAAUACAGCAAAACUAGAUAAAUAACUCAAUCAUUCUAAGCAGGAAGUGUGGCAAGUGUUAAUAUUGUUAUUGCGAUGUUUACGUAAAAGUGUUUAGUCCCAGAUCAAGUGAAAAGUUGUGUGAAAAUAACAAGAUAAAUCAUAACUUUCACGUACAAUAUAGUAGCGUUGAGAGAAUGCCAAAAUCAAGGUUGUUGAACAAUACAAAUAAUCAUUAUGAUGAAAAAGAGUAUUUAAUCCCGAAUAAUCAGCAUGAUAAAAAGACAAACGAAACGAAUGCAUCUUAUCACAAAUCGUUGGCAGCACAAAAUUCAGAUAUGAAUGGAAUAAAGGGUGCGAGUGCAGCUGCAGUAACAACAGCAACAACAACAACAGCUUCGAAUCGAUCGAGUUCGAGGUCAUUAUCAUCGAAACGACCUGUUUCAUCGACUGCAUCAAGUGCAGCAAAUGUGAAACCAAACACCAUUUUGAGUUUAGAAGACCGUGAUAUUGUUGUCAUUGAUAAUGCGGAUUACAAAGAGUCAACGAGCAACGAGGCCACAGUCAUUGUUGUGGAAAAACCACGAAAAUUGCAUCAAAAGGCAUCUGGUGAUAUAGAUUUAGCGGAAUUAUUGACGGAAACCAGUUGGCCCGCAUCGGCGGGCGAUUUAGCAUUAGCAUUGAACAAUCGAACGAGUGGCGGGGCACCGUACAAUUUUAGUAGUGGUAGCACAAGUACAAGCAAUUCAUCAAUUAGUUGUCAACAGCAAGCGAACGGAAACACGUAUUCCGUCGAACGAAAUCGGUCGAGGAACCCAUUGUCACACAUUGGCCAGUCCAAAAUCACCAAACGGAAUGCAAGCAGCAAUACAAACAACUUUGUCACCACCGGCAAUCUAAUCAAUUUGGAUUCGGACGGUAGCUCAGCAUCUGGAUCGUUUGACUCAAAUCCAAAAAAAGAUGAAACAAAUCAUUUUCACGGCGGACACAAAGCAAAAUCGAAGUCAGCCGUCUCGACGGUUGUUGCGAAAUCGGAUCACUUGUUGAAACUGAAUUUGGACAUUGGAUCAAUGGUUGAGAUAACUCGUGAAAAUUGUGAGAAUAUUUACGGCGUGAUCAGAUGGAUCGGACAUUUACCGUGUACAAAAAUUCUUAUGGUUGGCGUUGAACUGGAAGAUGAACUUCCAACACAAACAGUCGAUGAUGGCACAAUAAACGGGGUCAGAUUGUUUACAUGUCCUCCGGGAAGAGCACUAUUCGUGGAACCACAGCAAUGCACAGUUGAUCGACGAUUCCAAGAUGUGAAGCCACCGUCACAAUCUCUGUAUGAGAGCGAACGGAAAGCGGCCGAAAAUUUCGGUCACAUUGAUUGCCCGAUAAUUGAAGGGUCGGUCGUACCGUUAAAAUUUGUAAAACUUCAAGAGCUCGAAAAAGUGUCUGGCAAAUUCAAAGGCAUUCAAGGCCACUACAAUUCAUGUUAUUUGGAUGCAACGUUAUUUGCAAUGUUCACAUUUACCUGUGUGUUUGAUUCAUUACUCUUCAGACCGGCUGAUCCAGAGGACAUUGUAAGCUAUGGCGAAGUACAGAAAGUAUUGCGAGAGGAGAUUGUGAAUCCGCUUCGAAGGAAUUUAUUUGUUCGUGCCGAUCGUGUGAUGAAGCUGAGACAAUUGUUGGAACGAUUGAGUUCAGUGACUGGGCUUACGUGCGAAGAAAAAGAUCCAGAAGAAUUUCUCAACAGUUUAUUGACACAAAUCAUGCGAGCUGAACCAUUUCUAAAGUUAAAUUCAGGUCAAGAUGCAUUUUACUACCAACUAUUUGUGGAGAAAGAUGAGCGACUGAAUUUUCCAACCGUACAACAAUUGUUUGAGCAGAGUUUUCUUGCGUCAGACAUCAAACUGAAGGAAGUCCCUUCGUGUUUGAUCAUCCAAAUGCCACGGUUUGGCAAAAAUUUCAAAAUGUAUCCACGCAUUUUACCAUCUCAAGUAUUAGAUGUUACCGAUGUCAUCGAAGGAUCACCUCGUCAGUGUUGUGUAUGUGGUAAAUUGGCCGAAUUGGAGUGCAAACAAUGCUUUGGCUCAUUACAAUUUGGAGCUGGUUUAGAGACGACAAGUUUCUGUCGAACUUGUUUGGACAAAGUGCAUUCACAUGAUCGUAGGACAAAUCAUAUCCCACAAGAGCUUAAAGUGCCACACGAUUUUCUCAUUAUGGCCGAUCAUAUAACGGUGCCGCGCAUUUUCAUGGAACUAUUUGCGGUUGUGUGCAUUGAAACGUCACAUUACGUUGCCUUCGUGAAAUGUGGCUCUGGUGCCGAUGCACCCUGGUGUUUCUUUGAUUCGAUGGCCGACAGAAAAGGUGAACAAAAUGGCUACAAUAUUCCUGAAGUAAUUUCGGUGCCAAAUUUACCAUUAUGGCUAUCCGAAGAGGGUUCGAAGGAGCUUAAUGAACGUUAUCUUAGUGAUAAAUCGUUGCCAGAGCACGCAAAGCGGCUGUUUUGUGACGGUUAUAUGUGCAUGUAUCAAACUGAUGUGAUGAUGUAUAGGUAAACAGAUUGUUCUUUCGUCAAAAAGUAGUUAAUUGUAUAUUUAAAACCUAAAUCAUAAUAAACAACAACAGCAACACAAAAAAUGCGGACACUUUUGAAUAUUUUACGUAGCAAAUGUUUUGCAUAUGCACUUAACAACGAUGAUGAUCAGUUUCAAUUCAAGCAUUUGAAUUGAAAUGAUCAGUGGCGCAAAUGUUAUCUGUAAGAGCUGUAUAAUCAACGAGUUCAUUUAACGACGUGAUUUAUUACGCAUGUCGAAUGCUGUGUACAUUUUUGAGUAUAAUUUGUGAAAUAUUAUCAUAUGGUGCAAAUCGAAAACACUUGUCCCGUCAAAUAUUUAUUCGUGUAUAGUUCAAUUUCAAUUCAGAUUCAUAAAAUGAAUUAAAAAGCAAAACUUAAAAAAAAAUGUUAAGAAAAAAAUUCAAUCAAUCAAGCAAUUUAUGGUUGUUUCUCUUUCUAUUCAAGUUUCAAAAGCAUUGAUUAUUUUGAGUAUUCUUUGAUGAAUUUAUUUAGAGAGUGAGGCAUUGCCUCGGUGACAGAAGAAAAUAGAAGAAAAAGAAAAAUACAUACAGCUACAGAAUAUUUUGAACAAUUAACCGAAAAUUUGUUGUAUUUGAUACAAUUAGACAAUUUUGAAUGUAGACAAAUUUGGUCUCGAACCAACAACACACUCACACAAGUAUAGGUGAACCUUGAAUUUUUGCAAUAAUUACCAUUUAAGAAGAUAUCUUUGAAGAACAAUUUUAAACAUAAACCCGCUACAAAUAAAACAUUUAAAGAAAAAAUUCGAAACAACACACAAAACAGCCACAAGAAUCUAAUUAUACUAAACAAAUCUGUUUCUCGUAAUAAUACUGUUGAUUAAACUUUACCUUGACAAAUUUAAAAAAAGAAUUAUUGACGAACUCACUUAUUUAUUAAAAAUAAAGAGAAAAAAAAAGUAAAACUUGAUUUAAA